CCAUGGCCGGCGCCCCCGGGCCGCUCCGCCUGGCGCUGCUGCUGCUCGGGGCGGUGGGCAGGGCCGGCCCCCGCCCCCAGGGUGCCACCGUGUCCCUCUCGGAGACAGUGGAGAAAUGGCGAGAAUACCGACGCCAGUGCCAGCGCUUCCUGACCGAGGCUCCGCCCCCAGCCACAGGCCUGUUCUGCAACCGGACCUUCGAUGACUACGCCUGCUGGCCGGAUGGGCCGCCGGGCUCCUUCGUGAACGUCAGCUGCCCCUGGUACCUGCCCUGGGCCAGCAGCGUGCUGCAGGGUCACGUGUACCGGUUCUGCACCACCGAUGGCUUGUGGCUGCACAAGGACAACUCAAGCCUGCCCUGGAGGGACCUGUCUGAGUGCGAGGAGUCCAAGCGAGGGGACCGAAACUCCCCGGAGCAGCAGCUCCUGUCCCUUUACAUGAUCUACACGGUGGGCUACGCACUCUCCUUCUCUGCAUUGGUCAUCGCCUCGGCCAUCCUCCUGGGCUUCAGACACCUGCACUGUACCCGGAACUACAUCCACCUGAACCUGUUUGCAUCCUUCAUCCUCCGAGCCCUGUCCGUCUUCGUCAAGGAUGCAGCCCUCAAGUGGAUGUACAGCACAGCCGCCCAGCAGCACCAGUGGGAUGGGCUCCUUUCCUACCAGGACUCUCUGGGCUGCCGCCUGGUGUUCCUGCUCAUGCAGUACUGCGUGGCGGCCAACUACUACUGGCUCCUGGUGGAGGGCGUGUACCUGUACACGCUGCUGGCCCUCUCCGUCUUCUCCGAGCAGCGCAUCUUCAGGCUCUACCUGAGCAUAGGCUGGGGUGUUCCCCUGCUGUUUGUUAUCCCCUGGGGCAUUGUCAAGUACCUCUAUGAGGACGAGGGCUGCUGGACCAGGAACUCCAACAUGAAUUACUGGCUCAUCAUCCGGCUGCCCAUUCUCUUUGCCAUCGGGGUGAACUUCCUCAUCUUUGUCCGGGUUAUCUGCAUUGUGGUGUCCAAACUGAAGGCCAAUCUCAUGUGCAAGACAGACACCAAGUGCAGGCUGGCCAAGUCCACGCUGACCCUCAUCCCCCUGCUGGGGACCCACGAAGUCAUCUUCGCCUUCGUGAUGGACGAGCACGCCCGGGGGAUGCUGCGUUUCAUCAAGCUGUUCACAGAGCUCUCCUUCACCUCCUUCCAGGGGCUGAUGGUGGCCAUCUUGUACUGCUUUGUCAACAAUGAGGUCCAGAUGGAGUUUCGGAAGAGCUGGGAGCGCUGGCGGCUCGAGCACCUGCACAUCCAGAGGGACAGCAGCAUGAAGCCCUUCAAGUGUCCCACCAGCAGCCUGAGCUGUGAGGGCACAGUGGGCAGCAGUGUGUACGCAGCCUCCUGCCAGGCCUCCUGCAGCUAAGACUCCAGCACCUGCCCUCCCUGUGGUCUCGCCGCCGGCUGGGCAGCCAUCCCAGCCCAUCAGACAGGGAAAUGGGCAUUGCCUCCUGGGACCUGUGGACACAUUUUCUCCGAGGAGAAGCGGCCUGUUAAUUUGAUCACUGUGGCAGGCGGAGAAGAAAAAGUGAUUGCUGCUGAAACGAGGAGGAUUUCUUCCUGUUAAGUCACAAGGCCCCUGGGGGUCCCCCGGACUCAAACUCAAGGUCAAUGGCUUAUUAGCGGGACUGGGGCUUGUAAGAGGACACGGCUCUGAAGGAGACGGAUGCAACCUCAGCCAAGCACGGAACUUGGGUAACGCCAGCCACCCCCGACCUGCCUCCUCGUUAAGGGAGCCUGGGCACAUGUCCAGGUUGCUCGUUGCCCUCAUCUGGGCCCUCAUCUCACCAUCCACUGCCCCACUGGGUGGUGUUGAGAAUGAACAUUGAGAAGGUGCCUGAAAGUUUUCCUUUCUGGUCCUUCCUUCUUCCCUGGAUAUUUGAGUUGCUUUGGUGCCUGCGCCCACCACGCCCAGGGAACCAAGGCAGGCCCGCCGCCCAGGAGUCCAGCCCUGGGUAUGAGCUCUGAAUUCUAUUCUAGAGAUGCUCACGAAUCCUGUGGGGCUCAUCUGGGGGACUUCAGGAAUGUCCAUGCUGGGGGUGUAGACUACUUGCUACUGUUGGGAACCCGGAAGGCAGAGAGAUUGCCGCCACCUGUCCAUGGACGUGCUUUUUACUUGUGAACAGAUUAUGUAUCUUGCAUGGGUGUUUGGGUGCGUCCUCUUAACUUUAGGGGAUGUGACCAAGAAGAGACUCUUCUGGGGACUCUACCAGUCCCCACUGUGACCAUGGAGGCGGGCUUCACCUGCCCUUUGAAAUUCCCCCA